AUGACUGAGCGCAAAGUAUGGUUCAUUACCCAAAAAGAUAUUUUGCUUCCAAAGAGAGCCAGAGCCGAGGACAGAGGCGACGCUAUUUUACAAAAUCGGACCGAGAACAACACUAUUCCAGCAGGGCUAGAGAAGCUCAUGAAGAGCGAAAUAUUUCAACACAGGUGGCUCUGGGCUCGUGUGUCUGACUUCCCCGACUGUUCUGUGAAGGAAACACAUAAUUUAUUGCGACAUGAUCCAGCUUGGUACAUGCAAAAAGAGUUGAUUGAAGACUGCGCCGAGCAGGAUGGCUGGUGCAGUCGCAACUAUGAUUGCUGUACGAAGCAUCAUCUCACAGCUGACAGUCAAAUUGGUGCUGGCUACUGCACUACUGCCUGCGACUGCUGUGCUAUGGCGAGAGGAUUUGAGGAUACAGAGACUACAGAACAGCAGAUGGAUGAUUUUCUUGAUGAUAAGUGGUACGCUCAAAAGAAGCAGCGGUCGCUGGAAGCAAUCCGAUUGAAACGCCACAGGAAAAACAUGGACCAUGGUGGAAACGAUUCUCCAAAUUUCCUUGAGCAUUGGGAUGUUUGA